GCUCUGUCAGUGAUUGUCUUCACUGCAUGUUUUAAGGAUGUAGAGCAAAAGGUUGGAUUUUCUGUGGCCUUUGUUUUGAAUGGACUUCAGGAGAGAUUUGUUCUUUGGGAAAGGUCCCCAUCUGUGGUGAUGGGGGCUGGGAGGCAGUAUGGGAGGAAGGGUGUCUGUGCUGUCUUAUUUGAGAGGUGUGGAUGGGCAGGCACAGGUAGGCUCAGCAGAGCUGCACUGUGUGACCACACUGUACUGCAUUUGCAUGGGCCUGGUUAAAUAUUCUUACAGUUUCUGGCAUGCUUGUCCUGUGGUCCUAAAUUCUUACACCAAAUGAAACACCUCAAGGGAACUUCUCUCCAUGUAAUGGCAUAGAUUCUUGCAUGCCCUUUUCCUGUCUGUGUCUAUUGGUCUUCAAGGUGCUAAUUUUAGGUGAAUCUGUGUUUCUCUGUGCUUCAGGGCUGGAUCUAGUUGUGGGCAAUAACCCACUCAUUUAGAGAUGCUCACACACCACCACAGGAGAAGGUGUUGUCCCUGUGGAGGUUGCAGUGCUGCCUGGUGGAGAUUGUGUAGCCCCCACAUUUGUCACCUCAGCUUAUUUUAAUACAAGUUCUUGAUUAUUCUGUUAAUUGAUAGAGUAAUUUCUGCUAUAAAACUGUGAAUGUAGAGAGAAUCCUGUGCAGACUUUGGAACAGCAGUGAUUUCUCUGAUGGGGUUAAGAUGGAAUCCUCUGGGAGACUCUGAGAAUUUUGUGUAUCAUUUUUUAUUGUUAUGACAUGAGCAUAGGAAAGUUCACACUGUUUUGGGGUAAGUGAGGACCAUCUAGAAACUGAUGGCUGGCUGUGAGUUGCUAUCUAAUCACCUUAGAUGAACAACUUAUCUCUACCUACCCUUAGGUAUCCAGGUUAUCUAUCUGAAGGUACCUGAGGUAUUUUCUGCCCUUGUUUAUGAAAAGGGGCAGAGGGACCUCAGAAGAUGGGCACAAAGGCAUUUCAAUAAAGCAUAAGUUUAUCCAUGCCUUUGCCAUCAGUCAGCACUGCCUCCUUUGUGCCAGUGAGCACGUGGACGCCUUGUGGGAUGAAACAGGAAUUUUGUCUCCUAAAUAUUAUUUAUAACUUCACAAGUGCUGGAUGGGAUAGAGUUGGAUUGGCUUAGGCUGGUUGAAGUUGCUUUCCUGGCUCCAGUACAGAGCUGGUGUGCAGAAGGCAAGGUUGCAUUUUUGACAGACCUAUUUGAAUGAUGAUGGGUUCAAUCCCAGUAGUGUGACAGGCAUGUGCUUUAUCCAUUCCUGGGAAAGGAUGAGGAAGACAGCUUUUGCUAGGAGGCAGAGACAGAUUUAAAGGUGUAUUUAAUAGCCCCUGUCUAAAAAUUUGGACUGCUUCAAGGGAUUGAAGUGUCCUGUGUCCCUCUAUCCUCAAGUGUCAGAGGGAGAUGUAUGGGGUGUAGAACAUUCUUGUCAUUUUAUCUGUUUGCUUUUACAUGAUCUUAAGGAAGUCAGACAGCUCAGUAAAAGCUUGGAAUAACACUGCCCGUGUCCUCCUUGUUUGCCAGUCGCUCUCCUUUUCAAUGAGGUGUGUAAUCAAGCACUUUAUUAAACAGCAGCUUAUUAAAAAGUAAUGUGCAGCUCAGCUGCAAGUGUGUGAAAUAAGCAAAUGCUGAUCAAAACUGCAAAGUGCAGCACGUGCUGAGCACCAGUGGUGGCUCUUGGGUGUAGGGGAGUCACCUCUUGCCAGUGCAGCUCUUGUCCCUCUCAUGUGGUUGAAUGAGGGUCGGAGGAGUUGGAGGUGCCCUUCCCGGUGAGAAUGUGCUGAAGGAGCGCGUUGGCUGAUUCACUGCCUGGCCCCACCUCUCAGCUCACACAGGGAAUCCACUGGUGGAUGCACUUGCACCAGUUUGCUUCCUGGUGGCUCUCAGGAUCGCUGGUUGCUCAAAUUCCUCCUGCUGCUGCUGUUCUUGGUUCCUUCUAAAGCUUCUGUUCUUCCCUGAGCAUUCCCUUAUCCCUCUCUCUCCUUCUUUACCCACUCCACUGUCACAGAUACAAUUCAGGGUGCAGGCUCAGCUUGCAUUCAGAGUUAUCAUUUGUUUUCUGCAGCAGCAGGUCUCCAGCCUUUUUUCUUUUUCCAUGCUGAUUUUGAGCUCUCAGCACCCUCAGUCCAGCACAGACUGACAGUCUCAGAAAGGCCAUGGGGAAAAUAGCAGUGUGCUCUUUCUUGUAUGCAGAGAAAGGUUUCUUGCCUUUAAUGCUUCAUGUCACAGUCAGGCCACAAGUCUGAUACUUUUAUCUACUUGGUAUGCUUUUAUUUCAUCUCUCCACAUUCUCCUCCUCAAAGAGGGAGAAAAGACUGAAGUGAAUCAGUGAUAACUGCAGCUGUUCCUGCUGGAACAGCCAUAAUGCUAUAUACCUCCAAGUACUUGACCACUUGUCACUAUCAAGCUUCUUCAGCUUAAGGCCAUAAAAUAGGAAUUAGCUAGUUUGAAUUUUUUUUAAGCCUUCUGUUUGCAGUGCAGUAAUAUGGUGGCUGGUUUGUAGAAGUACAGGGGUGGUCAAAAUAUUUACUGAAAGGUAAACUGAGAUGUGCAUUUGCAUCUCAUUAGUUACUGUGUGGUAGCUGCUUUGUGUGCGUGCUGUCAGCCUUUUGCCCUUAAAUUCACUGUGAAGCAAACUGCCUUGUGCUGACAGGGCUAAGGCUGUGCAGGUGAGCAGCAGAGAUGGGACACAAGGGAAUGGAAUUACAGUGCAGUAACUGGGUAGCUAAAAGAUGGAUGGUGCCCCUCUUGCAGUCCUGAGCUAUGGUCUGCAAGGCUGGGAUUGAAUGUUUCAAGGAGCAGAGCUCUGAGCAAUGUCUGUGAUAGAUUCUCUCCAUCCUGGUGUGUGCUGGUGUUCACAGGCUUUCCUCUUCAAGGGAAAUGUGAUUGCUGUCCCUGCUCUGGUAGAGGUGUGUCAGUAUUGGCACUGGCAUGGCUUAGCCUGUAUUGUUCCGUUGGGUGGGGUGGGGGAAAGGGGAGAGGAGAUAAAACAGGGUAAUUGGAUUCAGGCAUGAUUGUGCUGCUGUGGUGAGUUUUACUGGAUGAAGCAGCUUGUUGCGAUGGGUGUUUGUUUCAGCUGCUGUCUGCAGGUGUGACUUGGCUAGAUAAGGAUGGUCUAUCACCUUGAUGAUUUCAUUGUUUGAUUUGGCUGGACUGGGUGGAGAAUGUAGCUGCAUUGUUUGGGACUAGCUUUGUAGGUUGGUUUUGUGAAGUGGAUUACAUGGCAGCACAUUGCUACAUGAUUAAGGUGAAGCUGCAGGAGAUAAUAGUUGGAGAAUGUUGGAGGGAAGAGAAUCUGCACAGGCUUUCACAAUGCAUAACUAGUUGAGCCUCCACCUCCUGGGUUUCUGUCAGGAGAUCUGGUCAGCAGAAUGCAUUGGGAUUACACAGAAGAAUUUUGGUAGUGAUUUCAGUUUGCAGUUGUACUUUAAGUGCAAGGCUGUCUGUGCUGUGUACAUAGCUGGGAGUGCUCUGAGGUAGCACGCUGGCCCUGACAGUGUGAGUGUUGUCUGGAUUCACACUGUCUUGCAGCCUCUACAGUUUUCACAGCGGGUGAGGGAGAAGCUGGCAGGUCACUGCUGGUUUUUUUGCUAACCUCAAAUUUAGCAGUAAGCUGCUCUUCAGAGCCUGUGUUUCCUUGUAUUGCUGAGCUUUCAGGCACUUAAACUUGCUUUGGAUUCUCUUCCUCCUGUAGGGUAUGCAGUGAUGUGAAGUAGGAGCUGCCAGAGCAGUAGAUAGUGCUUCCUCCUUCUAAAACCUGCCUGGUUUUCCCCUAGAUGUGAUUGCCUGGCUUUUCCUGAUAUUUGAUGUUUCUGUUUAUACAUUGGCUGGCUGUGGAGGAGGUUGCAUAUAUGAAGAACAAGGGUUUGGCAGGAGUUGCUGGGCACAUUGUGAGGGGAAGGUGAGCCUUUGAAGAGAGGUGGGUGCAGAGAAGGGAAGAUGACAUGCCCAAGCUUUGUGCCAGCUUCUCUAAGCGCAGAUGAGCUCAUGGAAAUCCAGCUGGCUAAACUUGGGAGUUUAUUUCCCUAUUUCCCCUCCAUUGUCAGCAUGCAUCUUCAGAGUCUUCCAGUCUGAUGGUGGCUUCUUGGGUGCUGAUAAAUCUUUCCAGGCUGAGCAGAGGCUUCCCCUGGGUGGUUCAGAGCAGCUUUUGGUUUCCCUGCUUCUGUGGCUGAAUGCAUGGAAGGGGUGUACAGCUUUUCUGUGAGUUCUUUUUGGUGAAACCCUUUCUCUCCUUUUUCCAGGUGACUAUUUUUUGUGAGACAAGUGGUUUGCAACUCAUGGCCUCCACGAUGAGUACUGCAGUGUCGUGACACCAGGGGUCUUGUGUGCCCUGGAGAUGCGAGACUUCCCCUGGGCAGCAGGAGGCACGCAUCUAGAGAAUGCUGGAGCUGCAGGAGGGAAGUGCCCAGUGCAAAAGCAGCGAGGAGCAAAGAGGAAAAAGGCAAGCAGGCAGCCAGCACUGAGAGGAGCGGGUGGCAGGAAGCGCUGCGACGCUGCCUCUGGCGGCACACGCUCCCCCGAGGAACGUGCCGAGAGCCCAUCUGCGUGUGUGUGA